AUGGGCAAAACCAGCAAGCAGAAAUUACCCGGCCAUCGGCUCCUGGCCGCGCUUCCUCCGCACCAGCUCGCUGCUCCCGGCAGCCCUAUAUGUUGCAAGAAGGUAGGAUCGCGUCGUGUCACCCGCGUCCUCCCACCGUCACGCCAAAACGCCUGUCUCCCCCGUCUCCGGCAAGGAGGGACGCUUAUCUGCCAAGCAGAGAGGCAAGCACAGGUAGAGUUCGGGCAAAUUCGGCUAACCCAGAUCCUGACCCUUUGCAGUGCUGCCAAGCUCCUGGAGAAGAGUCCGUUCUCCGUCGGCGCCCCGAACCCCCUGCUCCCCUCGCCGGCGAGCCUGCAGCUGGCGCAGCUCCAGGCGCAGCUCACGCUCCACAGGCUGAAGGUGGCCCAGCAGCUCUUCAACCAGCUGAGGCACCCCACCGUGAUGAACGCCCCGCAGGGCCACGCUGCAGGGCCGACACAGGGGCCUGGCAUCGCUGGUGCGAGGUUCCCCUCCGGUGGCAUUGCCUUUCCCGCCCAGAGCCCGGCCUUGGCCGCGCCAGGGGCCGGCCUAGGGCCUGUCCAGGCCCAGACCCCCAACGCCAUCGUCAUGAGUCCCUUCGGAGGCGUCAUGGCUCCCACCUCCAGCCAGCAGCCCGUGGUGGUGGGUCUCAACAAGGCAGGUGCCUCCAGCUCCGCCGCCGCUGCUGCCGCGGGGGGGUUUUUUGAGCCCGCCCGCUCCCUGCCGCCGCACCAGCUGGGUGACCUGCGCGGCGCGGCCCCCCUCCACUUCCCCCACGUCUGUGCCCUGUGCGACAAGAAGAUCUUUGAUCUGAAGGACUGGGAUCAGCACAUUAAGGGAAGUCUUCACAUCCAAAAAUGUAUGGCUUUUUCAGAUAACACUGGUAUCCGGUGUGUGUUAAGCUCAGCAGAUGGAACAUUGCAUUUAUCACCAAAUAAUGCAGCAGUUUUCAAUCCAUCUAGUAUCGAAGAUUAUCCACCAAAUGUCGGCUCAUCUUUUAUCGCUACGUCAGCAAGAUCCUUUGGCCAGCCAGGUCCUACAUUUUCUUCUCCUCCAUCAGGGUUUCCCCAGAGGAAAUCUACACUGGGUCGAGUUGUUCACAUCUGCAACCUCCCCGAGGGAAGCUGCACAGAGAAUGAUGUCAUUAACCUGGGCCUCCCGUUUGGGAAGGUCACCAACUAUAUCCUCAUGAAAUCCACUAAUCAGGCCUUUCUGGAAAUGGCUUACAGUGAAGCAGCACAAGCCAUGGUGCAGUACUACAAAGAAAAACCUGCUAUGAUAAAUGAUGACAAGUUACUUAUUAGGAUGUCUAAAAGAUACAAGGAGUUGCAGCUGAAGAAACCAGGUAAGAAUGUGGCUGCUAUCAUCCAGGACAUCCACUCGCAGAGGGAGAGGGACCUGCUGCGUGAAGUGGACAGCAGGUAUGGCACGGAGAGGCCCCGCUCUCGCAGCCCCAUCAGCCGCUCCCUGUCGCCCCGAUCCCACACUCCCAGCUUUACUUCCUGCAGUUCACCCCACAGCCCGAUGGGAACCGGCAGGACCGACUGGGGAAAUGGGAGAGAGUCGUGGGAUCAGUCCCCGUAUUCUCGACGGGAAGACGAAAGAGACAGCAGAGAAUGGCGAGAGAAUGGGGACGAGAAGAGGGACAGGACUGACAUGUGGGUACACGAGAGGAAACAUUAUUCCCGACAGCUGGACAAGUUUGAUUUGGAUGAACGGCUUGAAGGAGGCAGAGGGCACAGAGAAAAAUAUUUAAGGAGUGGUUCCCCUGGCUCCCUUCAUCCUUUAUCUGGCUACAAGAGCAGGGAAGAUGACUAUUACCGAAAAACCUCCAAGUCAAAAUCUGACAAGUUUCAGAGGCAGCUGCAGGAUUUACCUGGGAGAUCGAAGAGAAAGGAAGAGGCAAAGUUAAGGGAACGCAGGCAUUCUUACAGCGAGGACGCUGCCAGGGAGGAGGCAGCUGAACAGAAGCACAGCAAAGCAUCUGAGGGCUCCAGGCAAAAACAAAGUGAUAAGAAUAAGGUGAAGAAAGCUGAAAAAGACCAAGAGGAAGAUGCUGUUGCUGAAGGCAGUGAUGUGAAGGAAACCAAACCUCCCGAGAAUGAGCUUGGAAAAGAAGAGCAAGUUCCAGAGAAGAGCUCACCUUCAGCUAAUAAACAAGGAAAAGAACCUGGAGAGAUUCUGGAAAACACAAGAAAAGAGAAGGACCGAGACUGGGAGAGUGGAAGUGAGCUAGAAGGUGAGACCUGGUAUCCUGCAAACAUGGAGGAAUUAGUGACAGUAGAUGAAGUGGGAGAAGAUGAUUUAAUUACGGAGCCAGAUAUAACUGAACUUGAAGAAAUAGUACCAGUUGAUCAAAAAAAUAAAACUGCUUCAGAAAUGUGUCCCUGUAUGUCAACCAUGUUAGAACUGAAGAACGAUCACAGCCACUUAACCAGGAGCGAAGACAGAUUUGCCCAUAAAGCUUUAGAAACAAACUUCAGAUCAGCAAAGGGCAGUGUAGCUUCUAGCGGCUGUCAGGAUGAUGAUGAGGAUGAUGAUAAUGAUGAUGCUGUAACUGAAGCAUCAAGCCUAAAUCUGGACCCUGAGCAGAAGCCAGAGGAAUUGCAAGAAGACCAAUCUGCUAAGGAGUCUGAUCCCCAGCAGAAGGAAGGAAAAAUUGAUAAGAGCUCUGACACUCGCUUAGAGCCCGAAGAUCACCAUAUACCUUCUGUUCAUCUGAAAGAAGAGACUCUCCAGCUCCCUGAUACAUUUAUAGAUGAUUACAAACAGAUGGGAUCACAAGGAGCUGAGAGCAGAGAAGUUAUGGAAAUGCUUGUUAAAAACGCUAGUGAAGAAACAAGACACGGAAGCCAAGAGUGUCCAGAGGCCAAGGCAAAUUCUAGGUACCUGGAAAUGAGAUCUCUGGAAUACCCGGAGGUAGAGUCUAAAAGAAGGCACUCUCCACCAGGCUGGGAACAAGAGGACGUCUUCACCGAACUCAGCAUUCCCCUGGGUGUGGAAUUUGUGGUGCCUAGAACUGGGUUUUACUGCAAGCUCUGUGGACUCUUCUACACAAAUGAAGAGACAGCAAAGACAAGUCACUGCAGAAGUACUGUUCACUACAAAAAUCUCCAGAAGUAUCUGUCCCAGCUUGCAGAAGAGAGCCUGAAAAUGAAGGAAGAAGGCAGCCAUCUGCCUCAGGAUGACACUGGCAUUGUUCCUCACUUUGCAAAGAAAAAACUAUGA